AUGUCAACCGAUAACCCCUCUACCUUGAACAGAUUAUCGCCAGCCUGGAUCUGUCGCCCACUCUCGCGGCGUUCAACAUCGCCACAAAAAAGCAUGAGCCCAACAACAGCAAACGGUUUUCUGGCGCCAGAACCAACACGAAGUAACAGCGACGAAUCUCGCUCGCCACGCUCAAGCACUUCCGGUCGCCGUGGUUCAGUACGCGAAAUAGUCAGCAGACUCCGCUCCUCAUCAAGCACCAGCAUGGCCAGCAACAAGUCACAGGACAUUGACUUUAGCGAGGUAGAAAAUUGGUUUCAUGGCUUCCGAAAGUACAAUCAGCUUGUCUGUAACAUCAUCUCGCCAAACCAAGCGUAUCCAUCGAAAGAAUUCACAAAGGCAUCCAAAGCCUUGUCCAAAAACUGCGGUGGCCAAUUUAUUCACGGCUUGCCCGAGGCUGUAUUCGAUUUCUCAUUAUUAUGGUGCCCUGCAGGUCACUUGACUCGAAAAGAUACGGGCGAACCAAGCUGGAGUUGGUCUGCAUUCAGUGGCCCAGUGAAUUUCCCCUUUGACCCUACGACCUGUCCAGACGUCUACAAGACGCCGCGUGGCGAGGGCGAGUGGUUUCGCUCCGAAGUCUUGAACUACCACAUUGGACCCGAAUCCGCACAGUAUACCGUACGACGCGAAAAGGGCAGCAGCUCGCUCCGUAUCAAAUACCCACCUUAUUUUCACGCUCCACGGGGCUCAGAUCACAAGACGAAUUCCAACACUUUGCGCUUCACCGCAUCGACAAUCUCCGCGGAUGGCUUUAGCGCAGAGCAGCUCGACCACGAGGGCAAGCAAAUUCCCUGUUCGCACCUCAUCAACGAAGACGACCAGCACUGCGGUGUAAUUAUGGACUACGAAUCUUCCAUUUCCCAACCAUCGUCCACAGGGCCCUACGAGUUCAUCAUGCUCUCGCGCAAUCUAUGGCGCAAACCGUGUCCUGAGAACCGCAAACCUGCUGGUCUCAAUACCAUGCAUCCGCCUGGUACCCCCAUCUGGGCUGAGGACCAUUUCCUGUGGGACAAGGAGGUCGAUGAUUUUGCGGCCGAGCAGUUUGAAGCUGGACCUUGGAAAAUGCUCAAUGUUAUGCUGAUUAAGUGGGUGGGUGAGCAUGCUGAGCGGGUGGCUGUGGCAAGGAUACACGAGGACGCGUGGACUCGACGGAGCCCAGUCAAGAAGGACAUUGUGCUCCGGUAA